AUGCUCCUCUCAUGGCUAACAGGGCUAGGGGCCUCAAUGGCCUUCCUGCAUUUCAUGCAGAAACUCUUAUUUCCUUACUUCUGGGAUGACUUCUGGUACCUGCUGAAGGUGGUCCGCUAUGGAAUUCGAUUGAAAAUAUGCCGCGCUCGGGGAGAGCUGGUCACUGUCCUGGACAAAUUCCUGAGAAACGCCAAGAAGCAGCCCAAAAAACCAUUCAUCAUCUAUGAGGGGACCAUCUAUACCUAUCAGGAUGUCGACAAAAGGAGUAACAGAGUGGCCCAUGCCUUCCUCAGCCAUUCCACACUGAAAAGGGGGGACACCGUGGCCCUGCUAAUGAGUAAUGAACCUGACUUCAUUCACGUGUGGUUCGGCUUGGCCAAGCUGGGCUGCGUGGUGGCAUUCCUCAACUCCAGCAUUCGCUCCAACUCCCUCCUGCAUUGCAUCCACAGCUGCCAGCCCAAGGCCCUCAUCGUGGGCGCAGAUUUACUUGGAACUAUAGAAGAAAUCCUUCCAAACCUCCCAGAAGAUAUCAGCAUUUGGGGGAUGAAAGAUUCUGUUCCAAAUGGUGUCAUUUCACUCAAGGAAAAACUGACCAUGGCAUCUGACAAGCCAGUGCCACGCAGCCACUAUGUCACCACAAGCCUCAAGUCUCCUUGUCUUUAUAUUUUUACAUCUGGAACAACAGGUCUACCAAAAGCAGCUGUGAUUACUCAACUGCAGGCUUUAAAGGGUUCUGCUGGACUGUGGGCUUUUGGUUGUGUUACUAAUGACAUCAUUUAUAUAACCCUUCCUCUGUAUCACAGUUCAGGGUCUCUUCUGGGAAUUGGUGGGUGUAUUGAAUUAGGUGCUACGUGUGUGUUAAAGAAGAAAUUCUCUGCAAGCCAAUUUUGGAAUGACUGUAAAAAGUAUAAUGUGACAGUGUUUCAGUACAUUGGAGAACUCUGUCGCUACCUUUGCAAACAGCCUAAGAGAGAAGGAGAAAAGGAUCAUCAAGUGCGUUUGGCAGUUGGAAAUGGUGUGAGGCGGGAUGUAUGGAGAGAAUUUUUAGACAGAUUUGGGAACAUUAAGAUGUGUGAGCUUUAUGGAGCUACCGAAGGAAAUAUUUGUUUCAUGAACCACACUGGGAAAAUUGGAUCAGUUGGGAGAACGAAUUUCAUUUACAAGCUUUUUUUCACUUUUCAUUUGAUAAAGUAUGAUUUUCAGAAAGAUGAGCCCAUUAGAAAUGAACAAGGCUGGUGCAGUCAUGUGAAAAAAGGAGAGCCUGGACUUCUCAUCUCUCCAGUAAAUGCCAAGAAUCCCUUUUUUGGUUAUGCUGGGAACAAGAAACACACAGAAAAGAAAUUGCUUUGUGAUGUUUUUAAGAAGGGAGAUGUUUACUUUAACACAGGAGAUUUAAUGUUUGAAGAUCAGAAUUUCCUUUAUUUUUGGGACCGUAUUGGAGACACUUUCAGAUGGAAAGGGGAAAAUGUUGCAACUACAGAGGUUGCUGAAGUUAUUGGGAAGUUGGAUUUCAUACAGGAAACAAAUGUCUAUGGUGUGACAGUGCCCGAGUAUGAAGGAAAAACUGGAAUGGCUUCUAUUAUUCUAAAACCAGAUAAGUCUUUAGACUUGGAAAAGGCUUAUGAACAAGUUGUAACAUAUUUACCAGCUUAUGCCUGCCCACGAUUUUUAAGAAUUCAGGAAAAGAUGGAAAUGACAGGUACAUUCAAACUACAGAAGUUUCAGUUGGUAGAAGAAGGAUUUAGUCCACUGAAAAUUUCUGAUCCACUUUACUUCAUGGAUUCCUUGAAGAAAUCUUAUGUCCCACUGACCAAAGAACUUUAUGAUCAAAUAAUGAAUGGGGAGAUCAAACUCUAAGUUUUUUAUAUAUGGGAUUUUCAUACGCUUUGUUAGGUGAGGUGACAGGCGAGCAUGUAAUUCUUUAGUAUGAAAUAGGGAAAGGGAACUUAAAUUGAGCUUGUGCUACAUUUUCCUAAUAUACAGUAGCGUUUCUAAGUGAAAGCUUUCCUCUGA